AUGGUCACUGCUGAGAAGCUCAUUGUCCAAGUCUACAUGGUCCAGGUAAAAAUCAGUGAGUCAGUUGACUGUGUCCAUAUCUUCUGUGCCUCACAAAAACCUCAAGAUAAUAAUUCCUAUCAUAGAGAAAUUGGGCCUCCAAGAAGUAAAAUCAUCUGCUCACAGCUGGCUGGACCUAUGGUUGCCCAGCAGCCUGGUAAAGAACAGUCUCAACAAGAGGAACCAAGGACUGAAAGUCAGGACAUUCUACCUGGUCAAGAAAGAGACAAUGAAGGAACACCUGUGGUUCAAGGGUUUGACCUAGAAGCUGAUCAGCAGGAACUGGAUCAGUCAAAUGGGGGUGAGUGUGGAGAUGGUCCAGAGAUCAAGGAGGAGAUUCUGCCAAACCUUGAGCCCAUUAAAAAUACCAGAAGUAGAUGA